CGGUACCUUGAGAGCUACAGGUGGAGCAACUGAAAGUGUCACAGACCAUACCAAACAAAAUGAACUCACUCAGAGUGGCCAAUUCCCUCGUCCGCAGCAACGUGACGGCUGCUGUGCUCAGAACCACUCCCUGCAUCCUCCUCCCUCAAGCUCAAAGACCAUGGCUCCCCCAACAACUCCCACAACAAACCCUCCCCGUCCGGUCCUUCUCUCACUCCCCCUCCCUCUCAAAACGUAACCGCAAAGAAGAAGAACCCGAAGAAGACGACCCCCGAGGCAAAAAAGGCGGCAAGAAAUCCAACAAAAAAGAAAAGGGCGGUGCCCCAGCCCAGCAGCAGCAACAAGAAGCCCAACCCUCAGCAGCCGCCGAAGACCCCUUCAACCUCGACCCCCUCAUCGCCCUCUUCCAAAAGACCGAAUCCCACUACACCUCCCAGCUCGCCCUCCUCCGCUCCCCCACCGGCCGCUUCAACGUCGAGUCCAUCGGCGCCAUUCCCGUCUCCUUCGACAAGAAGUCCACCGUCACGUACCGCCUCCAGGAGCUCGCCACCGUCGCCCCCCUAGGCGGCCGCCGGUGGUCCAUCCUCGCCUUUGAGGAAGCCUCCGUCAAGCCCAUCAUCUCGGCCGUCCUCAAGUCGCCAGACUUCAACCAGCAACCCCAGAGAAAUGAGGAGAACCCCCUCGAGCUGACCAUGACGGUCGAGCCGGAAAAGGUCGACGACCUGGUCAAGAGGGCAAAGGAUCUCUGCACCGAGUGGAGGAAUAAGCUCAGAGACGAAACGCACAAGCACGAGACCCAUGUCAAAAAGAACAAGUCGUUGCUGAAGGAUGACUUGUUCAAGAUCAAGGAGGCGUUGAAAAAGCUUCAAGAUGAGAGGAUGAAGGUUGUUGCGAAUAAAGAGAAGGAGGUCGUGGCCGCUAUCCAGUCCAAGGCCAAAUAGACGACCAGGGUCUUAAAAAGGUUGUAGAUGUUUUGUUAGAUAGUUGGUGCCCAUACGAGGCGUUGGAUCUCAAGUAUACCAGUGUGCGUUUCAUGUACCAUCACAAAAAAAAAAGGACGAGUUACACAAAAGAUUUCUUUCAGUCUAAAUUCAUAUCACAGUAAUAUACCUAAUGUUACAUCGACAGCCUC